UGGCACUUGACGGUGAAACUGGGACGGCGAGCCCCUGCUAGCGACAAGCAUGUCCAGCAAUGCUCCUGAUAAAAUACUUGAACGGAAAGUUGCAAGAAAUCAAAAACUAAAACGUAAUCACUGAUCAGAUAGGACGGAGCACUUCCAGCAGUAGUUCCACCUAGGAGGAGACCCAUUUGGGCAACCGUAGGGGCCUGAAACAGGAGUAUCGUUAGUUCUAUCGCAGGCGCAGUCCUUUUCCGGCAAACCCACAAUGCGGAAAGUGUUUGAAACAGCCUUCUUCAUUGUUCUUCUUGUCGACCUGCAUCGCUCCGUUCGGUGCCAAUAUGGCCACGAGGGCCUCUGCUCAUCUGCUUCCCUUCUGGCUGCUCCUUUUGAGAACCCUCUUUAUGCCAAAGUCGUGAAUCCUACCCUGUCGCCCCAACAUCUCCAAGAUUUGCCGGGCUUCACCCGCAGCGUCUACCGAAGAGACCACGCUGUAAUUACCCCUGAAAGCCAUGUUUUUAGCCCUCUUCCUGAUUGGAAGAACACUCUGGGAGCUUAUUUGAUCACCCCAGCCACGGGUGCACAUUUUGUAAUGUAUUUGGCUAAAAUGACAGUGAAUUCGGAGUCUGCAUUACCUGCAAAAGAUGUCGAAAGGUUCGUGUUUGUCCUGCAAGGAAAUUUGAUGAUGUCAAAUGGGUCAGGAAUGAGACAUGUUCUAGAUGUAGACUCCUAUGCAUAUCUACCAGCCAACUAUGUGCAUGCUUUCACAUGUGACACAUCAGCUUUUGUAGUUGUCUUUGAACGCAGGUAUGAAUAUUUGGAAAAUCAUUCCCCUGAGGCUGUCGUUAGCUCAACACAAUUACAAAAACUUCUGGAGACCCCAGGAGAGGUGUUUGAACUGCGGAAGCUGCUGCCAACAACUGCUGCUUAUGACUUCAACAUCCAUAUUAUGGAUUUUCAGCCAGGGGAGUAUCUUAAUGUGAAGGAGGUUCAUUAUAAUCAACAUGGUUUGCUGCUGCUAGAGGGCCGUGGAAUAUACCGGCUCGGUGACAGCUGGUACCCUAUCCAAGCUGGGGAUGCAAUCUGGAUGGCACCAUUUGUACCUCAGUGGUAUGCGGCGCUUGGGAAGACUAGGUCGAGGUAUCUACUUUAUAAGGAUGUCAACAGGGACCCGUUAUGAUUGAAAAUGGGAAGUAACUGAAAAAAAGACUUCCAUGGUUAACAACACUCUCCCGGCUUUCUCUGUGCUUGUAUAAUAUGGUCACUUGCCAGAGCAGGGACCAAAAAAAGUUUUCCACGGUUAAUAAUACUCUCCUGACUUUCUCUGUGUUUGUAUAAUUUGGUGGAGUGAUUCAAUUUGCUAAGUGCAAACUAUUUUCUGAUAUAUCCAAACUUCACCUGCUAAAA